AUGAUGUACGAAUCACACAACCAGACAGCCUUUAGACGUAGAGUUGUAGACCGCGUCGGGCAGGUCAGCGAACAUCUGAGAUCGCGUCCCGCAUAUGCUCGAGAGGAUAUGGCUACAGAUCGUACACAGUCAACUACUAGCACUCCCUCAUUCCUGCAUCAUCAGAAUGGUCUACCCACGAGCCUAGCACCUACCCUUGUGCAGAGUCCGAGUCUCGGGGCUGUUCCGCUUCCGUCAUUCAAGCAUAUGGCUGAGGUCGCCGAUCAUUCGAACCUACAGUACAUGCGCGCUCCUUCGUUUGGGAGUGAAUAUAUCCCAGUCCCUCUUACCAGAACGGAGUCCUUGUAUGUCUCACCUCCUGAGUCUGUGUUUUCACCUACACCCACACCGUCCAGGUCUGUCACGCCAGCCAUGGCCAGAAUGAGUUUAUCUGUCAGAUCGGUCAAAAGACAGAGCCCGUCUUACAGAGUCGAGAAGAAGGCCAAGCCUUCAAAGCGCAAGGACAUGUCCACGACGGCUAGAGCACAAGGAUUCGAAAACAACAGACGCAUUGAUGCAGCCCAGCGGCCCUACAAAGAAGGAGUUCAAACACCACUCAUGUCCAGCGAUGGUAAUGGGCGACAACGUUUCCCUCGGUUUGAUCGUCCGCAUGCGCCUCGCGAGGCCAAACCUGCAAAAUCUGCGACUGGCAGCAGCGAUCCCAACACCAGGCACAAUGUUGCACAGACUCAUCUCCGAGCUGAGAAGGGAGGCUCCAGGAUGGUUCUGCAACGCCUUCUUGUCAGUGGCUUGAACUGGAAAGGUCGCAAGAUCCAGACGGUUGUCAAUGCUAAAAGCAGUGGCAUGCUGUACGAGGAGAAGGACCUACUGCAAGCCAGCACCCAACUGAAUGCUCUCGCCAUAUUCAUUCUGCAAGAAAUCUUUGGAGUAGAAGGCAUGCAACAGCUUGGUGACAUCCUUGAUCUAUUCGAGCCCGAAGAUGUACAGCCUGCAGUUGUGAUGAGAGACCCACGCGACGAUGACAAGACGUAUGAAUUCAAGUGCCAGGCAGCACGAAUCCAGGUCAUCGAAGAGGCGCAUCUGCCGCUGGGCUUGAAGAACGUGCGAAGCCAAGACGAGCUCCUUCAGAUUGUCCAGCACAAGCUCAUGCCCAUUGCUGAUGACUUUGGCAAAGUUGUAUUGCAACAAAUGUUCUUUCGCAAGCCCAGAGAGCACAGGGCUAUGUUUUGA